AGGUGAGUGCAGCGCGGCGCCCCAGCUGCAUCGGCGGCCAGGGCCGUCGGAAAGGUUGGGGCGAUGAAGGGCUGGGCACGCCGCCUUCCCCACCACCCCCAGGCUGUUUGCUCGCGGGAAGGGAGGAAGGAGGGACCGCACUUGUCCUCUCGCCUGCACACCUGGAGGGUGCCGCCCCCGUCCCUUGCCCUGGAACGCCCACAGGCUAGCGAAGUGGCCUGGUGCAGGACCCCGAUGUCGCUUUUGAACAGCCCCUGCACCUUGCAGCCAGCGAGCUACUGUAGUGGGCAUUGCCGACUCUGUUUGCAUUACCGGAUGGGAGUGACAGUGUAAUAGAAAAACAAGCAAGAAACCUUUUAGGUAGGACGCCUAAGGCUCAGAGGAAGUUACCUCCAGCCGCUGCCAUGCCCAACUCAGUGCUGUGGGCGGUGGACCUCUUCGGGAGAGUGUACACACUGUCCACAGCAGGCCAGUACUGGGAGUUGUGCAAGGACUCCCAGCUGGAGUUCAAGCGUGUCAGCGCCACCACGCAGUGCUGCUGGGGCAUUGCCUGUGACAACCAGGUCUAUGUGUACGUGUGUGCCAGUGAUGUCCCCAUCCGCCGCCGAGAGGAGGCCUACGAGAAUCAGCGCUGGAAUCCUGUGGGCGGCUUCUGUGAGAAGCUCCUGCUGAGUGACCGCUGGGCAUGGAGUGACGUGAGUGGGCUCCAGCACCGGCCGCUGGACGGGGUGGCACUGCCCUCGCCGCACUGGGAGUGGGAGUCUGACUGGUACGUGGAUGAGAAUUUUGGAGGCGAACCCACUGAGAAAGGGGGGUGGACGUACGCCAUCGACUUUCCCGCCACCUACACGAAAGACAAGAAGUGGAAUUCUUGUGUGCGGCGCCGGAAGUGGAUCCGGUACAGAAGAUACAAGUCUCGGGACAUCUGGGCCAAGAUCCCCUCGAAGGAUGACCCCAAGGAGCUGCCCGACCCCUUCAACGAUCUCUCUGUAGGGGGUUGGGAGAUCACGGAGGAGCCCGUGGGCCGCCUGUCAGUGUGGGCUGUGUCUCUGCAGGGCAAGGUGUGGUACAGAGAGGACGUCAGCCACUCCAACCCCGAAGGGUCCUCCUGGUCCCUGCUGGACACCCCCGGGGAGGUGGUUCAGAUCAGCUGUGGGCCCCACGACCUCCUGUGGGCCACACUCUGGGAGGGGCAGGCCCUGGUCCGGGAAGGAAUCAACAGGAACAAUCCCAAAGGAAGUUCCUGGUCCAUCGUGGAGUCUCCUGGAUCUGAAAACGGGGUCAUGCAUGUCUCGGUGGGAGUCAGCGUGGUCUGGGCUGUCACCAAGGACUGGAAGGUGUGGUUCCGAAGAGGCGUCAACUCUCACAACCCCUGCGGCACCAGCUGGAUUGAGAUGGUUGGUGAGAUGACGAUGGUGAACGUGGGAAUGAACGACCAGGUGUGGGGCAUUGGCUGUGAGGACCGAGCCGUGUACUUCCGGCAGGGUGUCACCCCCAGUGAGCUCAGCGGGAAGACCUGGAAGGCCAUUGUCGCGGCCCGAGAGUGUGACCGGUCAUACUCUGGCAGCUCGUCUAGUCUCCUCAGUGCCGGCUGCUUCUUCGGUGACGAGGUGAGGGGUAGUGGCGAGUCUGCCCCCAGUGACACCGAUGCUUCCUCGGAAGUCGAGAGACCGGGGCCUGGCCAGCCUCUCCCUGCAGAGCCUCUAGACGAUUCCAAGAAUGCCACGGGGAACUCAGCCUCAGGCCCAGGGGCUGGCAGGACCACAGAAGAUACCGUGGAGGAUGCCUGCCCAGCCGAGGGCAGCAGGGAGGCCAGACCCAACACACACCCCGGCCCGGCCCCCACCCCUGCUGAGCUGCCCUGGACCAAUAUUGACCUCAAGGAGCCCAAGAAAGUGCCCAGCCACUCGGCCACUGGCUUCCCCGAGACCACCAGCCUCUCCUCGCUGGGGCUCCUCCCGCUGGGCUUGGAGGAGCCGUAUGGGGUGGAUGACCACCCGCUGUGGGCCUGGGUGUCAGGAGGCGGCUGCGUGGUGGAGGCAUGUGCCAUGCCCAGGUGGUUCACUGUCCAGGCGGGCCUGUCCUCCUCGGUACACAUGCUGUCCCUGUCCAUCACGCCGGCCCAGACCGCUGCCUGGAGGAAGCAGAUCUUCCAGCAGCUCACGGAAAGGACCAAGCGGGAGCUGGAGAACUUCAGACACUACGAGCAGGCCGUGGAGCAGUCGGUGUGGGUGAAGACCGGGGCGCUGCAGUGGUGGUGCGACUGGAAGCCCCACAAGUGGGUGGACGUGCGCGUGGCCCUGGAGCAGUUCACGGGGCACGACGGCGCCCGGGACAGCAUCCUCUUCAUCUACUACGUGGUCCACGAGGAGAAGAAGUACAUCCACAUAUUCCUGAAUGAGGUGGUGGCGCUGGUCCCAGUGCUGAACGAGACCAAGCACUCCUUUGCCCUGUACACCCCCGAGCGGACACGGCAGAGGUGGCCGGUGCGUCUGGCUGCCACCACCGAGCAGGACAUGAAUGACUGGCUCGCCCUGCUCAGCCUGUCCUGCUGCGAGAGCCGGAAGGUGCAGGGCCGCCCGUCCCCGCAGGCCAUCUGGUCCAUCACUUGCAAGGGGGACAUCUUCGUGAGCGAGCCCAGUCCGGACCUGGAGGCCCACGAGCACCCCCUGCCCUGCGACCAGAUGUUCUGGCGGCAGAUGGGAGGCCACCUGCAGAUGGUGGAGGCCAACAGCCGGGGCGUGGUGUGGGGCAUCGGCUAUGACCACACGGCCUGGGUGUACACAGGUGGCUAUGGAGGCGGCUGCUUCCAAGGCCUGGCCAGCAGCACCAGUAACAUCUACACGCAGUCAGACGUGAAGUGUGUUCACAUCUAUGAGAACCAGCGCUGGAACCCCGUCACAGGCUACACCAGCAGGGGUCUGCCCACGGACCGGUACAUGUGGAGCGACGCCUCAGGGCUACAGGAGUGCACGAAGGCUGGCACGAAGCCCCCGUCCCUGCAGUGGGCCUGGGUUUCCGACUGGUUCGUGGAUUUCAGCGUUCCGGGGGGCACGGACCAGGAGGGGUGGCAGUAUGCCAGCGACUUCCCUGCCUCAUACCAUGGGUCCAAAACGAUGAAGGAUUUUGUGAGGAGGAGGUGCUGGGCCAGAAAAUGCAAGCUGGUGACCAGCGGGCCCUGGCUGGAGGUGCCCCCCAUCGCCCUCAAGGACGUGUCCAUCAUCCCGGAGAGCCCGAGUGCCGAGGGGAGUGGGCACAGCAUUGCCCUCUGGGCCAUCAGCGACAAGGGGGAUGUGCUGUGCCGCCUGGGCGUGUCGGAGCUCAACCCUGCGGGCUCCUCCUGGCUGCACGUUGGCACCGACCAGCCCUUUGCCUCCAUCUCCAUUGGGGCCUGCUACCAGGUGUGGGCCGUGGCGAGGGACGGGUCCGCCUUCUACCGGGGCUCCGUGUACCCCUCUCAGCCAGCCGGUGACUGCUGGUACCACAUCCCGUCCCCGCCGAGACAGAGGCUGAAGCAGGUAUCCGUGGGGCAGACGUCGGUGUACGCCCUGGAUGAGAACGGAAACCUGUGGUAUCGCCAAGGGAUCACACCCAGCUACCCGCAGGGCUCCAGCUGGGAGCACGUGUCCAACAACGUGUGCCGAGUGUCUGUGGGGCCCCUGGACCAGGUCUGGGUGAUCGCCAACAAAGUGCAGGGCAGCCACAGCCUGAGCCGGGGGACAGUGUGUCAUCGCACGGGCGUGCAGCCUCACGAACCCAAGGGCCACGGCUGGGACUACGGCAUCGGGGGAGGCUGGGACCAUAUCUCUGUCCGGGCCAAUGCCACCAGGGCCCCCUGGAGCUCGUCCCAGGAGCAGAAGCUGAGUGCCCCACCAGAGGCCCAUGGCCCCGUCUGCUGCUGAGGCCCCCACACACACCUACAUGCAGGGACGGUGCCCAGUUUGGGGGAUCAAGGCUGAGCCAUUCUUGUGCUGGAGUGUGCACCAUGGGAGCGAUGUGGGCCAGGCAGACUCAGGAGGGAACCUGGCCCCAAGGCUGCGGCCACUUCAGAGGCACUGGCUGAGACGGCCCUGAAAUGUGAAGCUCUGCAGACGCUCCUGCACGUGUCCCCGUCUUCGAGGAGUCCCCGGGGUGUGGGGCAUGGGCUGGGGCUGCGCCUCCCAGAGGCCCCUCCCACGCUUCCCUUCCCCUCUCCCUCCUGCCUUUCCAGGACUAGAACCCGGAACCUGGAGCCCUCCAGGAACGCCAGCCCUGGGGCAGCAGAGCCCAGGAUGGAGCCCUCCUGGGCCGGCAUCUCAGACAGCACCCGGGCCCCGCCACCCCUGACCAAAAGAGACAGCCGUGGGGCUCAGGGCCUCUUUACCAUGUGCAGUGACCACUUCUCAGAGCAGGACUUGCAAAGAGGCUUUCAUUUCAAAAGUGAAGGAAGGAGGCCGGGCGCCGUGGCUCAUGCCUAUAAUCCUAGCACUUUGGGAGGCCACGGUGGGCCGAUCACCUGAGGUCAAGAGUUUCAAACCAGACUGGCCAACAUGGUGAAACCCCAUCUCUACUAAAAAUACAAAAAAAAAAAAAUUAGGCGUGUGGUGGAGGGCGCCUGUAAUCCCAGCUACUCGGGAGGCUGAGGCAGGAGAAUCGUUUGAACCUGGGCACUCCAGCCUGGGCAACAGAGCGAGACUCCAUAUCAAAAAAAAAAAAAAAAAAAGUGAAGGAAGGAGACCGCAGAUUGGAAAUAACACUGGAGUGGAGGGAUGUCCUCCUCCCUGAGGGGCCGGGGCACCAGAUGGGAGGCUGGGAGAGGGCGAGAGGCUGCCCCGUGGCUGGAGGCAGCAUCCGUGUGCGCAGUCAUCGUCAUCAACCCCCAUUCGGCCCCUUCCCCAGAUGUGCUGGCAACGAGCUUCUUGGAUGUCAAAUCAUGUUGUAGGGGGGUGCAGACUGCAGGCUUCUGUGGGGAGCAGUACUGUGUCCGUCGGCAGUGGCCAUGGGACCCUCAGCCUGUCCUGCACAUGGAGCAGGGCACACAGUCACCCUCCAUCCUGUGGCGAGAGCCCAGCCUGGCCUGGCCAGGCGAGGCAGAAAGUGUCGGCCAAGUGGACCCAACCCCAUCUCGCAAUCUCUCAGCUCCUUUUUCUUUUCUUUUUUUGAGACGGAGUCUCGCUCUGUCGCCCAGGCUGGAGUGCAGUGGCUCAAUCUCGGCUCACUGCAAGCUCCGCCUCCCGGGUUCACACCAUUCUCCUGCCUCAGCCUCCGGAGUAGCUGGGACUACAGGCGCCCGCCACCGCGCCCAGCUAAUUUUUUUUAUAUUUUUAGUAGAGACGGGGUUUCACCGUGGUCUCGAUCUCCUGACCUCAUGAUCCACCCACCUCGGCCUCCCAAAGUGCUGGGAUUACAGGCUUGAGCCACUGCGCCCGGCCUCUCAGCUGCUUUUUAUCCCUUUGUGCCCCAUUUGGGAGUUUGCUUCCUCCACCUGGACACUUUGCCCGGGAGGUCAUCAGAGCCCAACCCCAGGCUCUACUCGAUUGGAGAGGGGAUGACUUACCAGCACCUGACCUUCCUAGGGUCCUGGUCUCACUGUCGGCAGGGGGUCCGUUGUGUGUAUUUGUACAGUUUUGCUGUAUGGGGUUUGUCACCCAAAAGCUGAUGCUGAGAAAGGUCUCCCCGGGGCCCCUCCUGCGGGCAUCUGAGAGACCUGGUGUUCCAGUGCUUCUGGAAGUGGGUCCCAGUGCCGCCGGCUGUGAAGCUCUCAGAUCAAUCACGGGAAGGGCCUGGCAGUGGCGGCCACCUGGAACCACCCUGUCCUGUCUGUUUACAUUUCACUAUCAGGUUUUCUCUGGGCAUUACGGUUUGUUCCCCUACAACAGUGACCUGUGCAUUCUGCUGUGGCCUGCUGUGUCUGCAGGUGGCUCUCAGCGAGGUACGGGGAGGGCGUCAACCUGCAGAAUGGCAGAGCGAUGCAUCCUCUCACUGCUGAGCACCAACUGUUUACCUGCCCUGCAUCACUUCCUCGGAUGCUUUACUCAAUAAACAUUUCCCCUGGGGUGUC